UUUGUGUUUAUUAUACCUUACCUACCUAGGUAUAAAAAGAGUACUUACGUAGAUUUUCUUUUAUUAACUGUUUUAUACGAAGAUCUUGAUCUCUCAAAUUAGCAUCCAUUUUACUUCCAGUGAUUAUCAACUAAAUUAAUAAUCCACAAAGUAUUAAAUAACGUUUUUAUGAAAUAUUUAGCACAAAAACAAUACCCUUUAAAUAUCGAUCGUCAGUAACUGUGGCUGACUUACCUAUAUUCUAGCAAGCAGGACUGCCAGAUGUGAAGGGGAAAUCCCCAAUAAAUUGUUGCAUGUGACUGAUGAUGUGAGCAUGUUCGUUUCAUAAUAAAAAUGUUGCCAGGUAACCAAAAAGUCGUAUGUUUUUGUGCGAAUUACGAUCAUAAUCUUUACGAUCGUACAUUAAAAAAUAGACAAAUAAUAGUAUGAGUACGAUUUAAAUCGUAUAUCUGUCAACCCUGCUAGCAAGACAGCGACAAAAUCACGUUGCAUAACAAUGUAGCCCAAGCUUAUAUCUUAUGAAAUAUACGGAAGAGAUACGGACUUAGAAAAAACAGAAAUGUUGUUCUUUGUGGAAGUCAUUGAUGAAAUUCUAUGUAUUUUAGCCCGCAAACUUUCUUCAAACAAAAACAGCGCCAUCUAGUAUCGAGUUCUGUAAUUAUCUCUUUGUUUAUGGAUUUGAAGUAAGACCGCCACGCAUGCAAUACAUUAUGACUGGGGAUUCCCCUAUUCGUCGACGCUGAAUAUGAGGCGACGACAAUCACUGUCAAACGUGUUCACUAUUACUCUGACUCUGGUAACGUGACUUCCUGGUAACGUGUUAGGUAGGAAAAGCAGUAAAAAAGUGCAUAUUAAGGGAGCAGAUUUGAAAUAAUAUUUAUACUUAACAAGAAAUAAUUAAAGGUUCAAUGGGGAGACCUAAAGAUUUACGCAUAUGGGAGCACUACCGUACUUUACCAAACAAGUCUGUUUCUUGCAAGCUUUGUAAUAAGGUCUACAAAUUCAGUAAUGCUGCCAAAAUGCUUCAACAUCUUAUCACUUGUCCAAAAUCUCCAGAAACAUUAAAAGACUCUAUGAAACUUAUAAAAGAUAGCUCGUCCAAAACCAAAAUGUCUGGACUGUCAGAGAUAGAGACAAAUGAUUCUUUUAUAAGCCCCUCGUCGUCUGCUAACACUACAAUAAAUGCUGAGUUUCAAGACACCGAUGAUCAUAUAAAAACAGAAUUAGCGAGAGCUAUAUUUGUAACAGGGACGCCAUUAUCGAUGGUGCAACAUCCUUUAUGGAUACAAUUUUUCGAAAAAUUGCAACCAAAAUUUAAAAUACCUUCACGUAAAGCUUUAGCGACAAAAUACUUAGAUAAAAUAUAUAGAGAAAUGCGUUUUGAGUUAAAUGAGGAACUAAAUGCUUGUAGUUACUUACACCUUCAGUGCGAUGGCUGGUCUAAUUUAAGAAAUGAAGGAAUAAUAAACUUUCUUAUAUCAAAACCUCAACCUGCAUACGUUAAAAGUUUGAAUACAGAAAGUAAUCCUCACACUAGUGAAUACCUUAGCCAAGAAGUUGAAAAAGUAAUGAAAGUGUAUGGAGCAAAUAAGUUUCUUGUACUUAUUGGCGAUAACGCUAGAAAUAUACAAAAGGCAUUCGAAUUAACAAAACUCAAAUAUCCACAUGUUGUUCCUCUCGGUUGCUGUGCACAUAUCCUUAACUUGUUGUGCCAAGAUAUUGUAAAGAUACAAGAAGUAACUGUGUUUAUUAUGCAAGCCAUAAAUAUAAUAAAAACUGUUAAAAGGAGUCAACGAUUAAGUUCCUUGUUGAUAAAAUCAAGGCAGGGUGAAGAUUCUACACAAACACUAAAAUUGCCUUGUGCUACAAGAUGGGGAAGUCAUGUUACUUCGUUAAAAAGUUUGAAAGCAAAUAAGAUAGCUUUGCAAAUAUUAACAGUUAGAGAAGAUGUGGUAAUUUCAAGAGAUAUUAAAGAUUUAAUUCUAAGUGAUGAUUUCUGGACGAAGACAGGGGAAUGUAUAAGUAUUUUGGAACCAGUCACUGAAAGCAUAUUUUACUUAGAGAGCGACCAGAAUCGUUUGCAUCGCACAUACAUUACAUUUAGAGAUGUACAAGCUAAGAUACGUUUUGCAUUAAAUGAGAUUUCGACAUUGAACGAAGAAAGCAAACAGCAGAUUCUAACAUCAGUAUCUUCAAGAUGCAAUAUGGCAAUGAGGCCAAUACAUUUUGCAGCAUAUAUUCUAGACCCCAGGACUCUAGGAGUCGAACUUACUCAAGAGGAAGAACUUAAGGGUAUGGAGUUUAUCUACAAUUUAAGCCAACACUUAAGUUUGUCAAAUGUAAUGGCAGAUUUGGCGUGUUAUAAAGCUAAAGAAAACUUUUGGGCCAGAGGAUUUGUAUGGAGCUCAUUAGAUAGCAUUGAGCCCCUAAUAUGGUGGAAAGGUAUUUGUGGUUCCACUGAGUUAAGCAAAGUAGCGAUUCGUAUUCUAUCAGCUCCCUGUACUUCGGCAGCCACUGAGCGUUCCUUUAGUAUCCAAGGCUACAUACAUAAUAACAAAAGAAAUCGACUUACAACUGAAAGAACUGAAAAAAUUUCAUUCAUUUGUUAUAACUGGAAUCUUAAACAUAAAGCUGAAUGCGAGGACAUUCAGUUUAAUGAAGAAAAUACCUUAGAAGCUUUCAUUGAGCAAGUAAAUGAACAUAACAGUUUAGACGAAAUAGAGCCUAUCGAACCUAUACAAUUCAUCGCUUGUAAUAACUCUGAAUCUGACAGUGAUUGACUGUAGUUUUACAUUUUACUUUCAUCUCUUUCUUAAUAAACUCAAAAUCAAAUUAAAAGUUUUUUAUUCUGUAGGCUGCAUAAUAAUAUUGUCUAUGUCCAGUAUAGUGGACGUCUUGCGGCUGAGAUGACGAUGAUGAAGUACAAAAUCAUAAACACCCAAAAAUUUGGGUGUUUAUGGGGUUUAAACCCAAUAAACCCAAAACACCCGGUUUUUACCCACCAGACUUUAAACCCACCCAGGUGGAUUGCCCAUCUCUAACAGUCGACCAGGGUUCAGGG